CCCAGGAUUUCUGGGGCAUUGGCCGCGCCUCUGGGUGAUCCCUCCGGGCUCAAGUCACAAGGGGGCGGGCCCUGGCCGGAGGUGGAGUCUCCCGCCAAUUCAAGCUUUGGCUAUAAAUUGAGCUCCCUGAGCCGACGAAGACCAGAUGCCUCGCCAGGCCGCCUCGCGGUUGGUGGUCGGAGAAGGUGAAGGACCCCCGGGGGCUUCGGGGCCUGCGGCCACCAUGUUCCGCUCCCUGCUGCUUCACUCUCUGAGGCUCUGCGCCCAGACCGCCUCGUGCCUCGUGCUCUUCCCGCGCUUCCUAGGCACGGCCUUCAUGCUCUGGCUUUUAGAUUUCUUGUGCAUUCGCAAGCAUUUCCUGCGCCGUCGCCAUCCUGACCACCCUGAGCCCGAAGUAGAGCUCAACAGUGAAGGCGAGGAGGUGCCCGCCGAUGACCCACCCAUCUGUGUAUCAGACGACAACCGUCUGUGCACCCUGGCCUCGCUCAAGGCCGUGUGGCAUGGCCAGAAGUUGGAUUUCUUCAAGCAGGCCCACGAGGGUGGCCCUGCACCUAACUCGGAGGUCAUCCGGCCUGAUGGCUUCCAGAGCCAGCGCAUCCUCGACUAUGCACAGGGGAGCCGCCCACUAGUGCUCAAUUUUGGCAGCUGUACCUGACCACCGUUCAUGGCGCGAAUGAGCGCCUUCCAGCGUCUGGUCACCAAGUACCAACGUGAUGUUGACUUUCUCAUCAUCUACAUCGAGGAAGCCCACCCAUCCGACGGCUGGGUCACCACAGAUUCGCCCUACACCAUCCCACAGCACCGCAGCCUGGAGGACCGUGUCAGCGCCGCAAGGGUACUGCAGCAAGGUGCACCUGGCUGUGCUCUGGUCCUGGACACCAUGGCCAACUCCAGUAGUUCCGCAUAUGGUGCCUAUUUUGAGCGUCUCUACGUCAUCCAGAGUGGCACCAUCAUGUACCAGGGAGGCCGUGGCCCCGACGGGUACCAGGUGUCUGAGUUGCGCACUUGGCUGGAGCACUAUGAUGAGCAGUUGCACGGUACUAGGCCACGUCGAUUCUAAAUAACCAAGGGACAAUUGACUGACAUGGGAGAUCUGGGUCUUCGGGCCUUCGAAGCCCACAUGCUCGCGCUACAAAUGAAGUCAAAGUUGUUGGGGUACCCAUGGCACAGAUGCGCACAGAACUCAGGCUGAGUCUGGCUCUCAGCCACCUAAUGACUUAACAUCCCUGGGACUCUGCUAUAUUUGCACCUGCUUGGCUUGCUCUCAGAAGCAUUGCUGUGACUCGAACCGGCAGCUUUGUCCCUGCUGGACUUUCUCACACCUGCUCCCCAGGGCUCCUUCAGGAAUGCGCGACUGUCCCUAGCAUCUCACAGCUCAGACUUGUUGGCCACGCCCGCGCGCCCUGAGCGCAGCUGGGUUCCAGCAGCGCCACAGACUCUUUUGCUAGUUGCCUGGCACCCACCUGUCGCGCGCAUAGGGAGCCCUGCUGCUUUUGUGUUUAUUUCUUGUCCCUGGAUUGGGGGAGGGGCUCGGGAUAGGGAAAGGGUGGGCAGGGUAUUUUCCCCGCCUAGC